UGUUUGUGCUCCUCAGCAUCCUCGCCACACCCUCCUCACAGCAGCAGCAGCAGCAGCAGGACCAGCAGCAUGAUGCGAGUCGUCCCGUUAGUUUUGGCUCUCGCAGCAGUCUGCAAUGGCAUCCUCCCUGAGAUAGUGGACUCGGGCAUCAGUCACAUCCUGGAGGAUAAUUCCGUCCAGCAGGGACAAACGGAGCUGGACCGCAUGUUUGUGGAAGUGGAGCAACUGCCCGAGGAUCCGCAGCGAAAGCCCGAGGAUGCGUUUCACCAAAGGAACAACGAGAGCGUCAGUCUCAGCCCUCAUCCCAAUAACCUUCCUCCAAGUCAUCACAAUGAAACUGCUUCUGAUAAAGUGAUUGACAGUGAAUCUGUCCACACCUCAGUAGACCAGGAGACAAACAACAUUACCACAGCCAUCCAGUCAAGUGACCUGGGGAACAAUAUUGAUCAUGGAUGUAUGACUGAUGAGGACUGUGGAAAGGGAAGGUAUUGCCUUUAUGAUAUGCACAACGCCAAGUGUCUGCAUUGCAAAGCAAUCGAUAUGUCCUGCACUAAGGAUGAGGAGUGCUGUGGUGAACAGCUGUGUGUAUGGGGUCAGUGCAGUCAAAAUGCAACAAAAGGAGAGGCUGGCAGCACUUGUCAAUACCAGACUGACUGCAACCCAGACCUCUGCUGCGCGUUCCAUAAAGCCCUGCUCUUCCCUGUCUGCUCGGCCAAGCCCAUUGAGCGCGAGCGCUGCUUUGGUGCCUCCAACCACCUGGUAGAGCUGUUGUCCUGGGACACACAGAACGAGGGACCCACAAAAUACUGCCCCUGUGCAGGAGAUCUCCACUGCCAGCACCUGGGGCGAGGGUCCAUGUGCCUCAAAGGAGAAGACUCGAGUGAAGAGGACUUGACAGACACACUAUACUCAGAGAUAGACUAUAUAAUCUGAAUUAAUUCAUAUUGCCUUCUGAACAAAUAGACAGUGGUCUCCACCGACACCUGAGGUUUGUUGCAAAGAAUCUACUAGUACUAGUAGUAUAGCACUUUCUGUUUGCCAGCUCAAUCCAACGUGGCAAAAGCAUGGAAAAUGUAUUAAAAUAUAUUUAUUUUAUUUGCUUUAAUUGAGACCUGAGGUUUACAAUCAGUGUUUCUGAAACUGUCGAUAUAAGUCACUAACAGAAGCAGGAAACACUAUAUCUGCUGUGUUGAUACUAAACACUGGUUUCUUGAAUAUUUGCUCUAUAUAUUGUACUGUAACUAAUCCUUAUCUAAUGCUAAUCCCAGCCAUACAAUUAACACAGUAACUUCUCACCUCACUGUUUAAAAUUGUGAGAACAAGAUAGAGCAAAGUUAACUCUGAGCCACCCAGUAUGCAGUCUCACUGCAUUUACUGUGCACUAGGAACAAAAAGAAACCAGAUACAAUCAUUCUCUGUGUACUGUAUAAAACAGUGUCACAGAAGCAGGCUAUAAUAAAUGUUUGGAAUUGAAUAAAUUACACAUUUAUAUUCAUCUACAGGACGUCAACACUACCAUGACAUGUCAGCAGAACAGGUGUGUUUCUUCUUAAUCUGGUAAUGGUUUAUGUGAACAUGUAAAUAGCCAACGACUACAACAAUUGCUCAUAUUGCUUAAGAGCAAAUCUAAUUCUAGCUGCUUCAAUAUCCUAAAGUGCACUCUUCCUCAUUGUUCCUGAGAAAAUAUUUGGCAAACCUUGCCGCUUGCUGCUUCCUAGCAAUGUCAAGAUCCUCAUGUUGCUUUGUUCCAAAGAGGUACGGUUUGUUUUUGCCAAAAUGACACGACAAGAGGAAACACUGUCCAACAUGCCAUGUUGUUAUUUAUUCUGUCUACACUGUUUGUAUGGAUAUGUAUUUAUUAUGUGUUUUUCUCCUCUUUUAUAUACAUACUUAAUAUGUAUUACUUUAUUUCAACUGUCCACUGUUCAAGUAGUAUCUCAUAUCCAUUAUUAACAGACCAGAAAAUAACCAAUAUACGACCAAAACAGUAACUUAUUUGACUGCCUUCAGGUUGAUUGUGAAUUACUAUAACCUGUUUUGAUACAUUUGAUGGUUAUCUGAUGGAUGUCAGUGACUUCAGGUCACAUUUGUGUCAAGGUCAGUUCAGAUCUUUCACAGUUACAGGACAGUAAUUGCUGGCCAUUGAGACAAAUCUUGCAGACAGUCAGCUGAAUGGUAUAGAGCAAAAAGGGGUCUUAAAUUACUACUCUCUAUAUUGCAAAGUUAGGUGCAAGCUUAAAUUGUAAUAAUGCUCUACGUUUUGGUCCACUGAGCUGAAGUGUAGCACAAUGCAUACCCCAACUUUAUUAGGUACACUUACACAAUCUAAUGUGAGGCACUGGUGUAUUUAUGGGUGUUUCUAAUAUUCUGUACUCAAAGUCACCAUUACAAGAAUCACAAAGACAGGAUUGGUUAUAAAGCAACUGGAUGGCCUUAGAUUGUGCAGGUGUACCUAAUAAAAUAAAUUGUGUCAUUUCACCAACAAUUAUUUUAUUUUUAUGCUGGUAUUUUUUCCUCCAUUUCCUACAACUACCCUCCUGUGAACCUUAAAUCAUAAUACGUGUCUCUUGAUUGUGUGCAUCUUUCACACAUUUUAAAAGGCCCUGCACACUGAUACAGAUGUAAUAUCUUGGCUGAUUAGUCCUCUGGGCAGGUGGCGCUCUAAUGGAAAUCACCUGUCAGCAACUUCUGUGUACUAAUCAAAAUGAUAAUGUGUGAACAAGAGACCAUCAGGGGAAAAAAUGGGAAGACAUUUGGAUAUCUCACUGUAGAAAAAGCACAGGUUUAAAUAAUAAAAUGAUUUAUGGAUGAAUUCCAUUUAGCUGCUUCAGUUUCAGGGUCCUGGUAUUGUGCAUGCUGCUUACUGUCAUAGCUUACUGGGACACUUGUAUAGAACAAAGCAGUUGUGCUUUUCCUACUGUAACAUAUCAAAAUAUCUGCUAUGAAAAAGGCCUGUAAACACCUCAUAUUGCUUGCUUGUGCUCUGUGUCUUUCAUGUACAGCAGUGUGUUUACAUCAACAUCUAGGCUGUAAUACUAAUGCAAGCAAUACCUGAUCUAUGUGUGAAUAUAGCAAUAUACUGGUGCUGGAUGUUAACUUGCAUACAGCUAAAACUGUCAAAUAUAAGCUCUGCACUGUUCUUAAGCACUUGAAACCUGACACGCAGCUUGUACAACUCUUGCUUUUAGAAAAAUAAAAGUUUUUUUUUUAAAACACAUAA